UUUAGGUAUGUUUCAAAAUUUUCGGUAGUCUGAUGUCUUUAAAAUUAAAAAUUUAAAAAAUUUAAAACAAAUAACAUUCGCUACUAUGAGUCGCGAUCUAAGAGAAUCUUUAGGUUGCCCAUGUUCACAACAACAUCCACAUGGGGCAUUUGUUGGCGUUUUGGAUCAGAGAAAUUACUGUAAAAGCUUGCAGGACUUUACGCCAGAAUCGGUUUUCUUGGAAAAUAUUCAUGAUUUGGCACAUACACUAGCACAAAUUAUGAUCAUUUGCGGAUUACACGAAUGUAAAGCGCUAAAAGCUGUGCCAGCUAUUACUUAUGCUUUUCUGCACUACGACCAGGUUUGUUACUGCAUCGAUACAAUUCCAAAAAAACGAAUAAGAAAAGAAGAUUUAUGCAAAGAGCUGAUUAAAAACUGCUUGAUGAAUUCCAUUGAGGCCAAAUUAGCCUAUGCAAUAGUUAAAAGAGGAUUUAAAGCAUUCUACUUUAAACCUAGAGAAUAUAAUCCACUGUGUCCGCCAGCUUAUUCCGAGGAAUGUAUUUGGAUACAUGCCGGUAAGAAAAGUGCGGAAAGUUAUUCACGUUUCGAAAUUUUACCAUGUGAAAUACAACGCGAUGUUGAAACACAAAUUAAAAUCGCCUAUAAGAGGUACUUUGAGCGCAUGGAAUACCGCAGAAGCACUGCACCACGGGAGGAAUGCAAUUGCUGUUAUUGUACGAAGAUGCGCGGUUAUCAGGUUUAUGUUAAAGAAAAGAAACCAGCUAAGAAGUCCCAACAUAAAUGUCCUCUUUGUUGUAAGAAGAAGAAGAAGGUUAGUAAAGCUCGAGUUGCGAAAGAUGACACAUGUCCGGUGUGUAUGCGUCCAUUAGAAGAGUGCGUUUGCCAGAAAUAUGAUUUCGAAUUAGAUUGGGUGAAGAGUAUUUGGGAGCGUGCUGACUUCACAAGAUACUAUGAAAAUUAUAUAGAUGAAAACCGUCCAGAUACCAUAGAGUAUAGAUGCACGCAUGCCCAUCUUCAAAGUGAAUGCAGACGCUGGUUCAAUCCACCUUGGUUACACGUGUAUAAAAACCAAAUGCCAACAGAGAAUCGUAACUCACAGCAAAUUAGCUAAAAAAAAAGGUACUUAAGUACAUAAGUACAUUAGACAAACAAAAUUCACUAUAGACUGGAAAAUUCUAAAAUUUUACAUUCUGCAAUAAUAAAUUAGGAUUAAUUAAC